CCGAUGCUGGACAGGUACAGCUUGAAAAAUUUAUGAUAUCAUAUUAAGAGCAACACUCGGGGCCAGGGCCUGUGUUAUCGGGCCCAAACACCCCGACAUCCGAGCAGCCGUGCAGCACAGCGGCAUCCGUAAAGCAUCGAAAGCCCCAAAUCAAAGGUUUUUCAUUUUUUUAAAAAAAAAAACAAAAGCCCUCAUACCCCUCCCUGUACCUCAAGAUAUACUAUUAACAAGAGAGCUGGAAGAACCCCUUCGAUAACUACCUUCAGAUAUGCCUUUAGGAUAUGCCUUCAGGGAUACUAUAGAAUUUAUCAAUCUGCUCCUCUGAAUAAUAAGAAAGAUAGAGUGAGCAAAGAGCUCCCAAGGGCUGAGGUUGCUUGGAAGAGUAGAACCCCACAAACGCGGCCACAGACGAAGGGAUGUGGGAAGCAGUGCUUGAGGCGACAGGAACAUAUUCUGAACUAUCCCUUUUUUUACCAUUAAUUUUUUCAUGAUCCCUCCUUUUCCCGCUCAUAUACUCAGUAGCCUUCGAAGGAGUUCAUAAACUCGAGCCCCAUGCCUUCGUUGAUUUUCAUCACUAACCCCCCCCUCCUUCGUGCUCACACUGAUCCAAACUAACCGCCUAAACCUUUAACAAACCAGGAAUCUCGCCGCCAGUUGCCGCGGCAGCCCCUAACCCCCCGAGCCAUUCCCCAGGCACCAGCUCUCCGGUCCCAGAAAGCGCCCGUGAGGGUGAUUGAUGACAACCACGAACCCUUAAACAGUCUAGCCUCUCACUCGGGCUAGUACCGCUAUCUUAGACGCAAGUAUAAAUCGAUCCUCAAUCAUGGCCUUCUCAAUCUUACACUAGUCACAAGCUAGGACCCUAUCCAUUGCCUGCCAGGACCCUCCUAGAUCGCAAUAGAUAUUCCUAUCCACACCCCAAGUGCUAGUGCUCCCUCGUAGAGCUUUGGCUCUUCAGAAACCGCUACAGUGGCGACCCCAGUCUCAAGAGCGGAAGCGGAAGCUCCCCCCUCGCAUGAUAUCCCUAUACCUCCAAGCUUCCCCGCGACGCAAGAUGAGCCGAUAGCACUACCCAAGGAGCUCGGUGGGCUCUCCCCACGGUCCAUGUCUUCGUCUUCAGAUGGCGAAGUUAUAACCAAUAGAGGCUUUCAGAAGGAAACCACAGGUGGGGAGGGGUUGAACCCGAAGCAGAGUUGGUGGCGGAAAAAGCGCCAGUUCAACCCCUUGAGAUGGGGGCCUGUGCCCCCAAUUCCAACCCAGAUGUCUGUGAGCAAAGAGGCAGAUGCGGGGUGUUUGAGUAGGGUUACAUUCGCAUGGAUGGGACCGUUGAUGAGAGUUGGGUACUCAAGACCACUCGUGCCAACCGACAUUCCAUUAGUGGCGCCCAACCGAAGUUCAAGGGUCAUUACGAAUAAACUUCAGGCUUCGUUCGACCGAAGGAGAAGGCAGGGUGAUCAAUAUCCAUUGCUAUGGUCUCUGAAUGAGGUCUUCUUUAGGGAGUUCUGGCUCGGUGGGUUUUGCAGAUUUGUCGCCGAUUGUUUGUUAAUUUUUGCGCCGUUUUGUCUCAGAUAUCUCAUUCAAUUUUCAAUUGAAGCCUAUACCGCUUCCGAGCGUGGAACUCCUGGACCCCCUGUUGGUCGAGGGAUUGGCCUUGCGUUUGGCCUAGCUCUCAUGCAAAUGUUUGGAUCACUAUUCAUUAACCAGUUCCUAUACCGUGGUAUGAUAGUUGGCGGCCAAGCACGAGCCGGACUCAUCGGAUUGAUAUUCUCCAAGUCAUUGAAGAUCUCCGGGAGAGCGCGGGCCGGAAUGGGUUGGCCCAAUGGUAGGGUUGUCAAUUUAAUGAGUACAGAUUCCUAUAGGGUUGAUCAGGCGGCCUCCUGGUUUCAUUUAUUAUGGACUUCAGCGUUUCAAAUAAUAUUGACAUUGGUAUUACUACUCAUCAAUAUUUCGUACUCUGCUCUUGCCGGAUUUGCACUCCUUAUCUUAGGUGUUCCGGUGCUGUCGUGGGUUGUCAAUAUUUUGGCAGCACGUCGAAGAGCCAUGAAUCGAGUUACCGACAAGCGAGUAGGCUUGACCCAGGAGAUUCUUCUAGGCGUGAGAUUUGUCAAGUUUUUUGGAUGGGAAAAGAGCUUCCUUCAGAGACUUGAGUCGCUCCGGAAUACGGAAAUCGGUGCCAUUCAAUUCCUACUGGGAGUGAGAGCCGGAAUAAAUGCUGUUGGGAUGAGCCUUCCCCUUCUUGCUUCAAUGCUAGCAUUCAUUACAUAUUCCCUCACCGACAAUCACCUUAACCCUGCAUCCAUAUUCUCAUCACUCGCCCUGUUCAACGUCCUUCGUUUGCCUCUAAACCUUCUCCCCGUAGUCAUUGCCCAGACAAUUGAUGCUUGGGUGUCUAUCCAGCGGAUGCAGGAGUACCUACUCGCGGAAGAGCUAAAGGAUGAAACCGCCGAGGAGAGGCACGAUUCGGAUAAGACUAAAGCCGGAAGUGAACUAGUUGCCAUUGUGGGCUCUAUUGGCAGUGGCAAGAGUUCACUGUUAGCUGCGCUGGCCGGCGACAUGAGAAAGACCUCCGGGAACAUCAAACGAGGACCCCGCGUUGCCUAUUGCCCACAGUACGCUUGGAUACAAAAUACCUCCGUCAGAGAGAACAUCAUAUUCGGGUGUGAAUUUAAAGAAGAUUGGUACGCAGAUGUGAUCGACGCUUGCACACUGCAGCAGGAUCUAGAUAUGCUGCCCGAUGGCGACCAAACGGAGAUAGGCGAACGCGGGAUCACAAUUUCCGGUGGACAGAAGCAGAGACUUAAUAUUGCAAGAGCAAUUUACUUUGAUGCCGACAUCGUAUUGAUGGACGAUCCUCUUUCUGCCGUCGAUGCUCAUGUGGGCAGACACCUAUUCGACAAGGCCAUAUGCGGACUCCUCAAAGAUAAAUGCCGGAUCCUUGCAACGCAUCAGCUGCACGUCAUCAACAAGGUGGACCGAGUUGUAUGGAUGGAGGGUGGGCGGGUAGAGGCUAUCGGCACAUUCAAUGAGUUGAUGGAGUCCAAUGUUGAAUUUGCGAGAAUGAUGAGCGAGAUCGCAACAGAGUCGAAAGAAGACGAAAAGCCCCCCGCGGACGAUCAGAUCGAGGAAGAGCCAGCGGUGGAAAAGCCCAAGGACAACAAUUUUGGUGAGAAGGGUAAUGGGCUGCAGGCAAAGGCACUCAUGCAGGCCGAGGAGAGGGCUGCUAAGAGUGUCCCCUGGAAUGUAUACAAAGCGUACAUCAAGGCCUCUGGAAGUUACCUCGUCGCCCCAGGGGUUGUAGCUCCAAUGUCAUUCUUUGAUACCACUCCCAUUGGUAGGAUUGUCAACCGCUUUUCUAAAGAUGUCAAGCGGCAUGAGUCGGUUUUAAGGUCCGUGGUUUUCGCAAAGUUUGGAGAGGCACUCCUAGGGACGGCUUGUAUCAGAGCGUAUGGCCUGCAAGACAGAUUCAUCGAUGAGAUUCAAAAAGCGAUCGAUGGAAUGGACUCGGCAUACUUUAUCACAUUCGCGAAUCAGAGGUGGUUGAGUUUGAGACUAGACAUCAUCGGCAAUCUGUUGGUCUUUACGACAGCGAUUCUAGUGGUUACAUCCCGAUUUAACGUUAACCCGAGUAUUUCUGGAGUCGUGCUGUCAUAUAUCCUUCAGAUUGUAAUGGUGCUGCAGUGGAUGAUUCGUCAGUUAGCCGAAGUCGAAAAUGCAAUGAACGCAACGGAAAGAAUCUGCUUUUAUGGGAACUCACUGCCUUCCGAAGCCGAGCUGCAUAAGGGUGCUAUUCGGCCCUCUUGGCCAGAACACGGUGAAAUCACGAUGCGCAAUGUAGAGAUGCGAUACAGGGACGGCCUACCACUAGUUCUUAAGGGAUUCAGUAUACACAUAAACGGUGGCGAACGUAUCGGGAUCGUCGGUCGCACAGGUGCAGGGAAGAGUUCGAUCAUGAGCGGGCUCUUCCGGCUCGUCGAACUAAGUGCUGGUAGUAUCGAGAUUGACGGGGUUGACAUUUCCAAGAUUGGACUCCACGACCUGAGGAGCAAGUUGGCCAUUAUACCGCAGGACCCGACUCUCUUUCGCGGAACGGUCCGGUCUAAUCUGGAUCCAUUUGGAAAUCAUACUGACGAGGAGCUAUGGGGGGCGCUCCGUCAGGCAAAUCUCGUCGAAGAUGUGCCAGCUGAUGGCGCUGCGGCGAGCGGGAGAAUAACCCUAGAUGGGGUCGUGGAGGAGGAGGGAAUGAACUUCUCUUCAGGGCAGCGCCAACUCAUGGCUCUGGCAAGAGCUCUUGUGCGGGGGAGUCGGAUAAUUGUCUGUGACGAAGCCACUAGCAGUGUGGACAUCGAAACAGACACGAAGAUCCAAGAAGCGAUAGCAAAGGGGUUCAAGGGGAGAACAUUGCUCUGUAUUGCUCAUAGAUUGAGAACCAUUGUCAAAUACGACCGGGUAUGCGUGAUGGAUGCCGGGAAGAUUGCAGAAAUUGGCACACCUCUCGCGCUUUUCGAUACAGGGGGUAUCUUCCGGGGUAUGUGCGACAGGAGUAAGAUUAGGAGGGAAGACUUUUUUACAACUGGCGGCGAUUCUGGGGGCGGGUGAGCGCAUCGAAGUGGGUGGGCAUAGAAGUGGAAAAUUUUGAAGUGGGGAGUAGGGAGUUGUGGGCAAAAAGGACAAUUGAUCGGAGAUGCGGAGAAGCAUUUGGAAGGUUUAUAAUAGCGCCGGGAGUGCUUCCGAUACAUUAUCGAUAUUUCAUGUGAUGGAUUUGGCAUGUACUUGUAUCAUACCAACCUUAGGAAGAAUGUUGCAGUUGGG